AUGGAAGGAGUUUACACAAGUGGAUGGCAUUUGCUUUUCCUGGCUGCGUUAGUUUCAGGUGUCCACUUAUUUGGAAAUGAUAAAUCAAUCAUUGGAGCUUCAAGUUUUGGGGCUCACAUCUACCGGGCAGUCCUGCACCCCACGGAGGUCCUCCCUCUGAUAGGAACCUAUAUUAUGAAAAACCCAGAGGGAGAACUAUGCAUCAAAGCUACUCUUGGAGCACAGUAUAUCGUCAUCAUACAGAAGAAGAGGUGGUUUUUCAACUUGGACCCUCUCAAGGUCCUGGCGAGCGGUUCCUGCCACAGGGAAUCAGCUGUCUUGUCUCUCACUCUACCUGCGAAUGCUGCCAGCCUACAGUUCACUUUCAAAAAGGAAAAUAAUCUUUAUUAUGUCACCAAGUUGACAGCUUGGGUGACUCCUCAGCCUGUCUGCUUAGGAUGUGCUAAUAAGACUUAUUUGGGUUUGGUGUCACACGACAAGCUGUUUGCAGCAUCUUAUGGUCGAAGCUUUAGGUGCAAAUCUGGGAACGUGCUUCUGCCAUCUUCAGAAAUGAGUAUUAAGCUGGUACCUCUCCAGAUGCAGGCAUUCAGUAUGCCCAACGGACAAUAUGGAGAAGCGGAAGAGUGUUUGGCUGACUUUAACAAGAGGAUCAUCCCCAUUAUCCUUUUGGCCGUCGGGUUUGGCCUUUUGAUGAUUGCCGUCGUGACUUUCUUAUUGGUUAAAGAACAUCGCACACAUGGCUAUGAAAGGUUCUGA